CAUCGAUCCGUUACAUCAUAACUAUAUGAACACACAUUUUAAAAUUGACAGAAUUUUCAUUUGAUGCAAAUUUUUAAAUCUGACUCUUUGCUAUUUUUCUUUUUUUUUCAUUUCUAUUGACCACACGGAGUUCUAUGACUACUGCGGAAUAUGUACGUUAAGGUAAACAUUUCAAGCAUUUAUUUCUACAGUUGUGUUUUAUUAUACUGUAUUGUCUAUUAGGAUAGUCUUGAGGACGAUCGAAAUGUAAAAACUUCUUAGCAACGUUAAUCAGUAUGCAAAACGUCGUAACAAUAAACCAUAAUGACGUUACAUCGGAGGCAUAGUUGCAGAAAUGUAAAGGAAAAUAUUGUAUUUCGUUGUAUUUGAGCUCAUAAAAUGAAAAUGGUCACUUGAGAGGAACUUAUGGGAAAAAGAAUAUGUCAGUAAGGGAUUCUGCCACCCCCCGAGAAUUCCUGAGAUUGGCAGAUACCUUGGUUGACAAAGGAUAUCGUCUUGGACCGAAAAUAGGAGAAGGAACAUAUGCGAAAGUUCGUGUUUGUGAAAGAAAUACAGAUGGUAAAAUUAUGGCGGUAAAGAUUGUCAACUUAAAGGGAGCAUCUACGGAUUAUAUAAACAAGUUCUUGCCUAGAGAACUCAGCGUAAUACAGAGAAUGAAUCACAAGAAUAUAAUACAUACGCAUGAAGUCAUAAGGAAUGACGAUUUAUUGUUUAUGGUGACUGAUUAUGCUGAACGCGGGGAUCUUUUAUGUCAUAUCCGAGAUCAUGGCCCUAUUCCUGAUGACGAAGCAAAGAGAAUGUUUACACAAAUUGUUGGGGCAGUGCUAUAUUUACACUGUGAUAUGAAUAUUGCUCACCGAGAUCUUAAGUGUGAAAAUAUUCUGAUAAUGAGGGACAGAUCUGUUGUUCUCAGUGACUUUGGAUUUGCCCGACCUUUGGAUCAAAGUGAUCCGCUGAAAGGAAAAUACCUUAGUAAGACAUUUUGUGGAAGUCCUUCAUACUGUUCUCCAGAGGUUUUACGUGGGGUUCCAUAUGAUCCAAAAAUGAAUGAUAUUUGGAGUCUUGGUGUUCUUUUGUAUGUAAUGGUUACCUCUGCCAUGCCUUUUGAUGAUAGUAAUGUGAGAUUGAUGGUCAAUAAACAAGUGUGUGGAGAAAUCAAAUUUCCUCCGCGAUUGGAAAGCAGGAUUCAUCCUGACUGCAAACGUCUUAUAUCACAGUUGAUAGAACCUCAUGCAUGUAAAAGACCGACUGUGGAUUGUAUAUUGAAGUCAGAGUGGAUUUUAUCUAAUUGUAAAUAGAUUACGAAUAUUUAACCAGUUUCAUAGUUUAUUUAUAAAAGGAGCGAAUAUUUUAACCUCCAGUUUUUAAAUCAUUUCGCAUAUUAGGAUGAGAACUUCGAUUCUCAAAAAAUGAUUUAACUUUAGUCGGAAGCUUGGGAUGUAUAAAUGCGUAUUAAAUAUGCAGCACAAGAAUUGUAUUUGUCUGUAUUUGUUGUUCAAAUGUUAUCAAGAAAAAUUAUCAUGUCCUUUUUGUUAGUUUUCAAUGUAUAUUUAAUUGUUUAUUAAAUGAAAUAUUUUCUGUUAAAAUA